AUGGCGCUUAGCAAGAAGCAACACACAAGCACUGAUCAGCAGGCCGUGCUGGAUGCUCAGCUCCUGCUCUGGCACCACACCAUGGGCUAUGUCAAGUCCAUGGCACUCAAGGCCGCCCUAGACCUCAGCAUCCCCGACGCCGUCCACCAGCACGGCGGCUCAGCCACCCUCCCACAGAUAGUCACCAAGGUCACGCUCCACCCGUCAAAGAUACCAUGCCUGCGACGCCUCAUGCGUGUGCUCACUCUCACCGGCGUCUUCAGCGUCCACGCCGGCGGCGACGAUGAGCCUGUUUACGGACUCACGCCGGCGUCCCGCCUUCUGGUCGGCUCGGGGAUGAACGUGACUCCAUUCCUGACCUUGAUGCUUGGUACUGUCUUUGUGUCUUCCUUCUUCGACCUCGGCGAGUGGUUCCGGCACGAGUUGCCGGACCCGUCCCCCUUCAAGUUUGCGCAUGGACGGCAUAUAUGGGAUCUGGCCGACCACGACGCCAGCUUCGGCAAGCUCUUCGACGACGGGAUGGUCGCGGACAGCAGUUUCAUCAUGGACGUGGUGUGGAUUCUGCAUGACUGGAGUGAUGCCGAAUGUGUCAAGAUAUUGAAGAACUGCAAGAAGGCCAUAGCAUCUCAAGGAGGAGGGAAGGUGAUAAUAUUGGAUAUGGUGGUUGGAGCAGGGUCAUCCGACGAGAAGCAUGUGGAGACGCAGAUCUUGUUUGAUCUCUUUAUGAUGUUUAUCAAUGGUGCCGAGCGAGAUGAGCUAGAGUGGAAGAAGAUUAUUUUUGAAGCUGGAUUUAGCUCUUACAAGAUCAUACCUGUUCUAGGUGUUCGAUCGAUUAUUGAGUGGAUUCUGCAUGACUGGAGUGACGCCGAAUGUGUCAAGAUAUUGAAGAACUGCAAGAAGGCCAUAGCAUCUCAAGGAGGAGGGAAGGUGAUAAUAUUGGAUAUGGUGGUUGGAGCAGGGUCUUCCGACGAGAAGCAUGUGGAGACGCAAAUCUUGUUUGAUCUCUUUAUGAUGUUUAUCAAUGGUGCCGAGCGAGAUGAGCUAGAGUGGAAGAAGAUUAUUUUUGAAGCUGGAUUUAGCUCUUACAAGAUCAUACCUGUUCUAGGUGUUCGAUCGAUUAUUGAGGUCUACCCAUAG